AUGUCCGCCCCCGCUGCCGAGCCUACCCUUUACAAGGAUGAAGUCACCGGCGAGAUGAUCUCCAAGUCGGAGCUUAAGCGUCGCCAGAAGCAGCGCGAGAACGAGAAGAAGAAGGCCGAGAAGGCCGCCCAGCGUGCCGCCUCUGGCGCCCCCGCGCCUGGCCAGAAGUCCGGUGCCGCCGCCGAGGAGCAGCUCGACGCCGCUGCCUUCUACGAGCUCCGCACGAACCAGAUCAAGAAGUUCCGCGAGACCAAGCAGCCGGACCCGUACCCGCACAAGUUCCACGCCUCGUCUGGCAUUCCCGCGUUCGUGAAGGAGUACGGAGCCGAGGGCAAGAUCAAGGAGGGCGAGACUGUUGAGACCAAGGAGCCCGUUACGCUCGCCGGCCGUGUCGUCUCGAUGCGCGAGUCGUCCAAGAAGCUCCGCUUCUACGACAUCCGCGCCGACGGCGCCAAGGUCCAGGUCAUGGCCAACCUCCAGAACGCCAAGGACCAGGACGGCUUCAUGGCCACGAACGACAUCAUUCGCCGUGGAGACAUCAUUGGUGUCACCGGCCAGCCGUCGCGUACCAAGGCCGGAGAGCUUACGCUCAUGGCCUCGGACGUCAAGCUCCUCUCGCCCUGUCUCCACCAGCUUCCCGGACGUGAGGGUAUCACCGACGUCGAGACCCGCUACCGCAAGCGCUACCUCGACCUGAUUGUCAACAACUCGACCCGCGACAUCUUCAUCGCCCGCUCCAAGAUUGUCAACUACAUCCGCAAGUACCUCGACUCGCUUGGUUUCCUCGAGGUCGAGACCCCGAUGAUGAGCAUCCAGGCUGGUGGCGCCGUCGCCAAGCCGUUCAUCACGCACCACAACGACCUCAAGCUCGACCUCUUCAUGCGUAUCGCCCCCGAGCUCUACCUCAAGGAGCUCGUUGUCGGUGGCCUCGACCGUGUCUUCGAGAUUGGCCGUGUGUUCCGUAACGAGCAGAUCGACAUGACGCACAACCCCGAGUUCUCCAUCUGCGAGUUCUACAUGGCCUACGCCGACAUGUACGACCUCAUGGACAUGACCGAGAGCAUGAUCAGCGGCCUCGUCAAGUACCUGACUGGCGGUACCAAGGUCAAGUACCACCCCAAGGGCAAGGGCGAGGGCAUGCCCGAGUACGAGAUUGACUUUGCGACGCCGUGGAAGCGCUUCGACAUGAUUGAGGAGCUCGAGAAGCAGCUCAACGUCAAGUUCCCCCCUGGAGACACGCUGCACACCGAGGAGGCGAACAAGUUCCUGCGCGACCUGUGCGCCAAGCACAACGUCGACUGCUCCGAGCCCAAGACGAACGCGCGUCUCCUCGACAAGCUCGUCGGCGAGUACAUUGAGAACCAGUGCAUCAACCCGUCCUUCAUCGUCGGCCACCCGCAGGUCAUGUCCCCGCUGGCCAAGUACCACCGCUCGCGCCCGGGACUGUGCGAGCGCUUCGAGUGCUUCGUCGCGACCAAGGAGAUUUGCAACGCCUACACCGAGCUCAACGACCCCUUCGACCAGCGCGAGCGCUUCGAGGAGCAGGUCCGCCAGAAGGAGCAGGGAGACGACGAGGCUCAGGGCAUCGACGAGACCUUCAUCAACGCCCUCGAGUACGGCCUGCCCCCCACCGGUGGCUGGGGUCUCGGCAUCGACCGUCUCGUCAUGUUCCUCACCGACUCGGCCAACAUCAAGGAGGUCCUCCUCUUCCCCGCCAUGCGCCCCGUUGGCCAGCAGGACCAGCAGCAGGCUGCUCACAUCAAGGAGGAGCACGCCAAGGAGGAGCCCGCCAAGAUCUAA